AUGGGUUCUAAGAUUCUUGUGAAGGCGCCUCUGCAGAUCAAGAAGAUCAAGAGCAUUCUUGAGAAGGCAAAUGUGUUCGACAAGAGAAGGAAAAUCACAAGAUCAGAUGGAGUCGCCUGUCUAUAUUCUUCAGGGUCCAUGGCUGAGAUGAGCGCUCUACUAGGUGAUUUGCAAGACGUCAUUGAGGUUUUUGAAGACACAGACACAGUCCCUGUUGGAGGUCUACAAGGUGCUGUGCUGGAUGUCAUAGGAUCUGAUUCCCAUCUAUUGAAAGAUCUUCCGAAGAAAUGGUCAUUGUAUCCACCUAUGGUGCUUUUCACAGGUGAUCUGUUCAGCACCCCGGAGUGGGAUGCAUACUUUGAGACAAGCGGCAAAUCUGAGUUAUUUGAGCACCUUCUGAAAACAUUCUUUGCCGGUUACACACAUUUUGCGGUAAACCAGCCAAUCAUCGAGUCCGAUGUGAUGCGCAGGCCCUUCAACUUGGUACCGAUAUACGGAGACUUUGGGCCAACCCCUGACGACCAGAAAUACGAUAGACCAACUCAACAGGAUUUUGAUGAGGCAUUUUGGUGUACAGCAAACCAAAACGGAAUAGCUCAAGAAUGGGCACCCCGCUACACAAUGUUCUCACGAGGGAACAUCACGGAGAAGAAGAGGGUUCUAGGGUUUGGCGACCUUCGGGGCCAAAAUGUGGUUGAUCUAUAUGCUGGUAUAGGUUAUUUUACCUUUUCAUAUCUCGCCCUCGGAGCCACGGUCUUUUGCUGGGAAAUCAACCCUUGGUCCAUAGAAGGUCUACUACGGGGUCUCACUAAAAAUGGUUGCAAAUAUAAGCUAGUGAGACCUGGAGAUGCCUUCACGUCAGACACUUACACCACCGAAAUUACCAACGGAACCAGAGCAUUUAUUUUUCAUGAAUCAAACGAAAAAUCGGUACAGCGCCUUGGUGACCUCGGCAUCACCAUAUCACAUUAUAAUUUGGGGCUCCUCCCUCUGCUGAGGCAGGGUUGGCAGGUGGUCACCACACUCGGGUGCGAAAAUGCCAUUGUUCAUGUCCAUGAGAAUGUCCACAAAAACGACUUUGAAACGCUCAAAGAGGAAUUACAAGAGUAUUUCAAGGGGAAUGUGACUCAUCUAGAAAAAGUUAAAACUUUUGCGCCAGACGUGUGGCACGUCGUUGUCGACGUCAAAGUGUAA